UUCUUUUGAACCGGGCGAUCAGUGUGCUUUUGCACAAAUCAAAAGGUGGUGUGCUUUGUGGGAUUUAUUCGACUUUGAACAUGUCUGACCGCGAGUGGGUAUCGCAACCGGACGAGUACGUCUGCACCCUUUCAGAUGAGACUCGGUCCAUUGCCAAGGAGGAGCUGCGCGAGGACGACAACAGCUGUAAGACCGCGCUGGCCUCCAUGAGAGAAUGGAUCAUACAGAAUCCUCGCAUCAGGAACUGUCGUAUGGAUGCACGGUUUUUGUUGCGCUUUCUGCGCUUCAAGAAGUACAGCGUGACCCAGGCGCAGGAAGCCCUGGAACGGUACCUGUUGUUGCGUCAGACUUUCGGCGUCGCCUUCAACUGUCUCGACAUCACCAUUCCCAUGAUGGAGGAGCUUACCAAUCUGGGUUAUCUUUUCGCAUGUCCGAAACGGGAUAGUCUAGGUCGGCGUGUUGUCAUCGCUAGACCAGGUGUUUUUGAUCUUAACAAAUUCACAAACGGCGACAUGUGCCGUAUCCACGGCAUCGUCUACGAAACGCUCAUGGAAGACGAAGAAAAUCAGGUCCGUGGAUUCGUACACUUUGCCGAUGGUCAAGGAGUUGGCUUCGCCUACUUGACGCUCUUCACUAUAAAGGAAGCUGUAAGGAUCGUGAAGAAUGGAGAGAAAACUUUGCCGAUGAGACACAAGGAAGUGCAUUGUAUUAAUGCCCAUCCAUCGAUGAAAUUCGCCCUCGACUUCGGCAUGUCCCUGAUCUCAGAUAAAAUCAAGAAAAGGGUCAGACUUUACACAAAUCUUCAAGAAGCUAUUGACAGUGGCAACUUGGAACUUGACGUCCUACCUAAGGAAUACGGUGGUCAAAUGCCAAUGUCUGAGAUGAUAGAGCUGUGGAAGGAGGAAUUGAAGAAUUCACAUCCAACUUUGAUGUCCCAUGACAAGAUGCAAGUAGAAGAAAGUCUCUUCAGUCCGAAGGCUAAGGAAGGGGCGGUUUCUGCCUUAAAGGCGGGAAUGGGGAUCUCGUGUGGAGCUGAAGGCGAUUCCCUUUGUGGUAUUACUGGAAACUUUAGAAAAUUAGAGGUUGAUUAGUAUUGUUUUUUUUAAGUAGUUACUAU